GCAUGAUCAGCUCGGCCAGUUCGUACGGAGCAGACCCUUUAAAGCUGCCCUGCAUGGCCGCACAUAGCCUUCUUGAUCUCCUGCUAACUUCGUACACCACUCAUUGCUGCGUAGCUCCCCACACCUCUUAGCACUUCAGUUGAUUGUUAUAGUAGACACAAUGCCGGAAGCAGCAGUGCAAGACAGUAAAGCGCACAAGUUCAACCCCAAUUUCACACAGCAAGUCAUUGCCGCAACAGGGCCCAAUGCAAGCCCCCGCAUCAAGCAGCUCACACACAGCUUGAUCCAGCACCUGCACGACUUUGCGCGGGAAAAUGAACUCACAGUCGAUGAGUGGAUGAUGGGCGUUGAGCUGAUGAACGAAGCCGGCCGCAUGUCCGACUCUAAGCGCAACGAAGGCCAACUCAUUUGUGACGUCCUCGGCCUCGAAUCACUCGUCGACGAAAUCACAUACAAGCUCGCUACCGACGCAGCCGACGAGCCCACCGCAACCGCCAUCCUCGGCCCAUUCUACCGACACGACGCCCCCAAGAUGGAGAUGGGGAGCUGCAUCGUACACGGUGUUGAGGAGAACGGGGACCGUACAUGGAUGCAUGGCAUCGUCACAGACUUCAAGACUGGUAAGCCUAUUGAGGGCGCAGUAAUCGAUGUGUGGCAUACAGCGCCCAAUGGACUGUAUGAGCAGCAGGAUCCGAAUCAGCCCGAUAUGAACUUGAGAGGAAGAUUCACCACGGGGAAGGAUGGGAAGUACAACUUCUACUGCCUCAGACCUGUGCCUUAUCCUAUUCCAUUCGACGGGCCAGCGGGUAAGGUGUUGAAGGCGCUGGAUAGACAUCCAUACAGGCCGGCGCAUAUUCAUUUCCUCCUCACAGCUCCCGGCCACAAGCCAAUCGUCACGCAGAUCUUUGACCGCAGCAGCAAGUACGUUGAAGACGAUGCUGUGUUUGCUGUCAAGGACUCGCUUCUGGUGGACUUCAAACCCUUCAAGGACGAUCCAAAUGCUGAGUUUGAGCUGCCAUAUGACUUCAAGAUGGCGACAUUCGAGGAUGCGAAGGAGGGCAAGCUCGAUGGGUCCACAGAAGAGAGUGCUUCUGUCUAGAUGUAGAUAUACUACCAUUUCAAACAACCAC